GAAAAUUUGGCUGUAAAAAAACAGACACCACUCCACAGUAUUCUAGAGAUUGUAUCACUAAGAUAUGAGUGACUCCGAAUCAGAUUACGUCUCCGAUGAGUCGUUUUCAGAAGAGAUCGCACCUUCAAAGAAUGAUUCUUCCAGAACUGGCACGCCUCCAAGUGCGCCCAACGCAAGGAAGGGGAAUGCAUCAGAACAAUACAAGAAGUUAUCUCAAUUGGAUCAUAUUUUGAUCAGACCAGACACGUACAUUGGGUCUGUCGAGAAGACCCCCAUGGAGAUGUGGUGCUUUGACGCGCAGACAGAGUCCAUGGUGUACAAGGAAGUGACCAUUGUUCCAGGGCUUUACAAAAUUUUCGAUGAAAUUUUGGUGAAUGCUGCUGAUAAUAAAAUUAGAGACCCAUCGAUGAAAAACAUCCGGGUCAAGUUAGACGCGGAGCUGAACACAAUUGAAGUUACCAACGAUGGUCGUGGUAUCCCAAUCGAGAUCCAUGACAAGGAAAAGAUCUACAUUCCAGAAUUGAUUUUUGGUAAUUUAUUGACAUCUUCAAAUUAUGAUGAUGAUGAGAAAAAGGUGACUGGUGGACGUAACGGGUACGGUGCCAAACUUUGUAAUAUUUUCUCCAAUGAGUUCCAUUUGGAAACUGCCGAUCUUAAUACCCAAUCGUUAUAUAAGCAGACAUGGACUAAAAACAUGUCUCAGGUGGGAAAACCAAAGAUUACCAAGUUGAAAAGUAAGAAGGAGUACACCAAGGUGACAUUCAAACCUGACUUAGCCAGGUUUGGAAUGGAAACUUUGGAUGAACAAACCCUUUCAGUCAUGAGAAGAAGAGUCUACGAUUUAUGUGGGACUGUAAAAGAUUGUAAUGUUUAUUUGAAUGACAAAAAAUUGAAUAUCCGUAAUUUCAAGGGUUAUGUUGAAAUGUACGUUCAAGCCAUCAAACAGAAAGGUGGCGACCAAGAAGAGUCCGAAGAAGAUAAGAAGGCUCUUACCAUUGUACACGAAGUGAUCAAUGACCGGUGGGAAUUGGCAUUUGCUGUUAGUGAUGGAGUUUUCAAUCAAGUCAGUUUUGUAAAUUCUAUUGCAACUACAAGUGGUGGUACACAUGUCAAAUAUAUUUCCGAUCAAAUCAUCAACAAACUUGUUGAAGCGAUUUCUAAGAAAGAGAAGGGUAAAAAGAAACUUAUGAUUAAACCAUGGGAAGUAAGAAAUAAUAUGUUUUUGUUUGUUAAUUCUCUUAUUGAAAACCCAGCGUUUACAUCCCAAACAAAGGAACAACUUACAACGAAAACCAGUCAAUUUGGAGGUAAAGUGACUGUUAGUGAUGUUUUCAUUAAUAAGAUUUUGAAGACUAGUAUUGUUAAUAAGAUUAAAGAAAUUUCAACCAGAAAUGAAGACAAACAACUUCAGAAGGAUGAUGGUAGUAGAAGACUGAGAAUCAAGGGACAAGUCAAGUUAGUUGAUGCCAACAAGGCCGGAACAAGUCAAGGUUAUAAGUGUACCCUUAUUUUGACAGAAGGUGACUCCGCGUUGUCGUUAGCAGUGGCUGGGUUAACCGUGGUUGGUAGGGAUCAUUAUGGAUGUUUCCCCUUGAGAGGUAAACUUUUGAAUGUUAGAGAAGCUCUGACAGAUCAAGUGUCCAAAAAUGCUGAAAUUACUGCACUUAAGCAAAUUAUUGGUUUGCAACAUAAAAAGCAUUAUACUCCAGAUAAUAUCAAAACUCUUAGAUAUGGCCACAUCAUGAUCAUGACCGAUCAAGAUACUGAUGGUUCCCAUAUUAAGGGGUUGAUCAUUAACUUCUUGGAAACCAGUUUCCCAGGUUUACUUGAAAUUCCAGGAUUUCUUCUUGAAUUUAUUACUCCCAUUAUCAAGGUAUCUAUCAAGGGUCGUGGAAGUGCUGCUCAAGUUAUCCCAUUCUAUAACAUGCCAGAUUUUGAAAAUUGGAGAUCAAAUGAAGGAGCAACCUGUAGAUGGAGUCAUAAGUAUUAUAAGGGGUUAGGUACUUCUACUCCUAAAGAAGCAAUUGAGUACUUUUCUGCCUUGGAUAAACAUUUGAAAGAAUUCCAUGCCUUGCAAGGUGAUGAUAAGGAGUUAAUUGACUUGGCAUUUUCAAAAAAGAAAGCAGAUGAAAGAAAGGAUUGGUUACAAGGAUAUCUUCCAGGAACCCAUUUGGAUCCUACUUUGGUGGAAAUUCCUAUUAGUGAAUUCAUUAACAAGGAGUUGAUUUUAUUUUCAAUGGCUGAUAAUAUUAGAUCUAUCCCAUCUGUAUUAGAUGGUCUUAAACCAGGUCAAAGAAAAGUUUUAUUUGGAUGUUUUAAGAAGAAUCUCAAACAAGAAAUUAAGGUUUCGAGUUUGGCAGGUUAUGUUUCUGAUAUUACCGCUUAUCAUCAUGGUGAUCAAUCUUUGGUACAAACUAUUAUUGGUCUUGCCCAAAACUUUAUUGGAUCAAAUAAUUUGAAUGUAUUGAAGCCAAAUGGUGCCUUUGGUACUAGAGCUGCAGGUGGUAAGGAUUUCUCUGCUGCGAGAUAUAUUUUUACCGAAUUAAAUGAAAUAACCAGAAAAGUCUUUAACCCUCUUGAUAAUCCAUUAUUAACAUAUGUGCAAGAUGAUGAGCAAACCGUAGAGCCUGAAUGGUACUUACCAGUAUUGCCUAUGGUUUUAGUCAAUGGUGGUGAAGGUAUUGGAACUGGUUGGUCCACUAAUAUUCCUCCUUACAAUCCGAUUGACAUCGUCAAUAAUAUUAGAAGUUUGAUGGAUGGUAGAGAAAUGGAACCUAUGACUCCUUGGUUUAAGGGAUGGGAGGGUGAUAUUGAACCCAAUGGUGACAGAUUUAAGGUAAUGGGAAGAAUUGAACAAAUCGACGAAACUACUCUUGAAAUUACUGAACUUCCAGUUAAAACUUGGACAAAUUCUAUGAAGGAAUUUUUAUUGUCGGGAUUAGGAACCGACAAAGUUAAACCAUGGAUUAAGGAUUUUGAAGAAUAUCAUGGUCUGAAUAUUAGAUUUGUGGUGAAAUUAUCAACUGAAGAAAUGGCCAAGUCAUUGAGAACUGGUUUAAUGGAAAGGUUUAAGUUGAUUUCAUCGGUCAGUUUAUCUAAUAUGGUUGCAUUUGAUCCACUUGGUAGAAUCAAAAAAUAUGAAACACCACAAGAAAUCUUAAAAGAUUUCUAUUACGUUAGAAUGGAAUAUUAUCAACGUAGAAAAGAUUUUAUGGCUGAAGAUUUACAAGAUCAAUUGACUAGAUUGAGUGAACAGGCCAGAUUUAUUAAAUUAAUUAUCGAGAAACAAUUGUCUGUUUCCAACAAGAAGAGAUCUGAAUUGGUUGAAAAGUUACAAGAGCUUAAAUUUGUUCGCUUCGAUAAACAUGGAAAGCCUGUUAAAGAUUCUGAAGUUUCAUCACUGUUAGUUAAGGCAGAAGAAUUAGCAGAUGAAGAAGAAUUGGAAAUUCAAAGAGAAGGUGGAGAUCUUGGAACCGCCAGUAUUACAGCAAAUCCAGACGACACUUCUGAAAAUAGACCAGAGACAGUCUAUUCCACUUAUGAUUACUUGUUAGGUAUGGCAAUUUGGUCUUUAACUAGAGAAAGAUAUUUGAAGUUGAUGCAACAAAGAGAUAACAAAGAAAGCGAACUUACAGAAUUAUUGAAACUAUCUGCUAAGGAUCUUUGGCAUAGAGAUUUGGAUGAUUUUGUUGAAAGUUGGGAAAUCUUCUUGGAGAAUGACCGCCGUGAAAGAGCAAACAUGAAACCAAUGAAAGGUGGGGCCAAGAAAAGAGGUACAAAGAGAGCCGUAAAGAAGGAAAGCUCACUGGAGCCACCAAAGAAAAAGCCAGCUACAAAGAAAAUCACCCCACCUAAAUCAAGCACUCCAGCAGCGAUUAAAAAGGAAUCAACACCAGAUAUUAUUUCCAGUUUGAAGAAGGUAACACCUGUGGUUAAGAAGAAGGAAGUGGCACCUCCACCUCCGAAAAAGGUUGCACCAAAGAUCCCAUCUAUGUUUAGUGAAAGUGAAGAUGACGAAAUCUUGGGUACCAGUUUUUCCAAACCAAUAACUGAAGAUAUUCCAGAUAUUCCAAGUACGAAAACUCCGUCAUCGACCAAGAGAAAGAAUCUAACUUUAGCAGACGAGGUUGCAGAUUUAGUAGUGUCAGACACAGAACUUGAAAACAUUCCAAAACGUAGAACAACUAAAAAAGCAGCACCUAAAUAUAAGAUUGAAUACAUCAGCGAUGAUGAAGAUGAUUUUUCUGAUGAAGCAGAUGGUGAUAGUGAUGAUGUAUAUGAAGAAGAUUGAGAGAAGUUUUGGGUUAAUUAGUGUAAUUAUUGUUUAUAAAGUGAAAUAUAGAGCAGGAUGAAAUA